GGCAGGGGGGGGAUGCAAGCUCCAAUAUCAAUGUGGAUGAGCAGACUGCUAAAGGCCUCAAACUUAUACGUACUACUACUAUUUUUUCCCCCAUUAACGACUAAAUACGUGGACGCAGAAUUGCAAUUAACAAGGAAUAAAUACUUCUUAUGGAUAUUCUUUAUGCCAUUUCAAGAUGCUAUUUAUUUAGUGUCCUCCUGCUUUACUGCCAACACAUGCAGAUACAGCCUGCUACAGUUCACAAACAUAUCUGCCUACAUAGCUUUGACAAAUGUUGAAAUAACGGGUGUAAUAUGUUAUAAUAUUUAUAAUUUGAUUAUCACAAGGUAAAAUUCGCUUCUUAUAAAGAAACGGACUGCAACGAGGCUCAGAUUUGGAAAUGGCAGUUUCCGACUUGUCUCUCUCUUGGAUGGCUACAGGUCAGUUAUUUCUUCAUCCUUUCCGACGGGGAUAAAUGUUUUCACUGCGGAUGUGUAUUGCGCAUGCAGAUUCCAUUAAAGCCCCUUUUAAAAGAGACCUGCGGCCGCUCCACCGUCCCAGGUGUGAUGCCUUCACACCUCCGACGUCCUGCAGACGUCUGAAGUCAGCGCGCGGCCGCUGCAGUGCCAGCCGGCCCCGAUGGUCGGCCCAUUCACACGUGCAGGCAGCAGCACCUUUGAUCGCGGGGGGGAUUUAAGUGCGGCGAGGCGCGCAGGUCUCAGGCUCAGUCAGUCGCUGGAAAUAAGACGCCGCGGAGCAUGUCUUCACUUCACGGGAAUAUGUGUGUCGGGGAUCUGAAUCAUUACCAGAUGUAUCACGAGGGACCUCUGCAGAUAAACAACAUGGUGAACUCAGAUUAUGUAGCGGCAGAUGUUACAAACUACUUCAAUCCCGCAAACUCGGUGCCGAGGGCGGAUAAAUGCGUGGCAAUACUGACCCACAGAAGAAAGAGGACCAACUUCACGCAGCAGCAAAUCGAGGUGUUGGAGAAAGUUUACUCGGAAACUAAAUAUCCUGACAUCUACUUGCGAGAGAGACUGGAGGCUCUGACCGGGCUGCCGGAGUCCAGAAUUCAGGUGUGGUUUCAGAACAGAAGGGCCAAGUCUCGUCGCCAAGUUGGCUCAUCUGUGUCGAUGAAGGCCGCGAGCACACCAGCUGCUGGCCCCUUCACGCAGCUGCAGAGCAGGAUGGCCCCAGACAACGUUUACAGCAACAAUCAUGGCGUCGAGGCACACAGGACAGGAGGCUUUGGACUGGAGGAGAGCUUCAGACCCACAAUGCACCAAAGCACGGACGAGCCUCACAGAACCAGCGCGCCCGCCGCACCCAGCAGCUACGCGCACACCUCCGUCUCUUGCAUCUACGACAAGGAGGGAGGCAGAGAGAAGAGCGCGGAGAUGCAACUCCGCGAGCUCAGCGUCAACGUCCCAUGCUGCAACAUCCAUCUGUAUCCCAAGGAGACCGAGCUCCCUCCGAGGAUCGAGGCGAACGUGUCGGUUAACCAGGGCGCGAAGGUUCUGGUGGAAUACGACAAUUUCCCACCCAACAAGACCAUCGGACCGGAGAUGAAAGUUGUGAUUCCUCCCAUCCCCAUCCAGAAUAACUUCAGCAGGUCAUCACCCAAGGAUAACGGAUGCCAAAUCCAGUAUCCGUGUGCGAGGGCCACAGUGGACCGGUUCAGUCCCUUCUCCCCGAUCCACGCUGCGGAGGCCCAGGACUUUACCGACUCAGACUCAGACUGGGAGACAGAGGCCAUGGCCGGCCUCAGUGGCUUCAUGUGAUGCAUUAUGAGAGCAUAUAUAUAAAAAGACGGCUAUGUGUAUCAUAAGAGGCAGUAUGCAGUUGUUUGCGUGAAAGAAAAAUGUAUUUAUUGUUAAAUAGUAAUAAAAGUGUUGAUUGUUAAAAAAAAUAACAACA